UCAGACGAAAAGGAAUAUCGAUUUAUUAUAAAAGUUUGCCAGCAAGAGUAUGCAAAUCGUUCUCGUCUCUUGGAUAUUACGUGCGCGACGGAAAUGAUAAUGAUAAUUAAUGGCAAUUACGUCGCCAUGAUAUGUGAACGUUUAACGUAAGGUCUUUUAAUUCAGCGUAGAAUUUAAAAGAUCAACCAUCAGAAUAUUAUGGAACAGUGAAAGGUGAAAAGUUCCCUCGGAAAAUUAAACGUCCGUUUGUAUAAUUUUAAAUAUUAUUUUAUAUAAUAUUGUGCUCUUCAUAUAUGCAUAGGGAAGAAACAGUUUUGCUCAAGUAUUUCAAAAUUUAGCUUAGAUACAGAUCUGAAAACAGUUUUGUUGGACCAUCAAAAUAAUUAUAAUGGUAGUUCAAGCGUGAGCGAUGUUGCAAAAAGGACAUUCUAACAACCCGUUUGAGCAUCCUACAUAACUAUAAUACUUUAGUAGUUUAACAAAAUUACUUUCAGAUUUGUAUCCAGUUAUAUAUAAAUUUUUAGAUUCUUUAGCAAAACUUUUUGUACAUUGUAUGUGCAUAUACACGAAGCUCAUCACUUAUUACAAAUGCAUCGUACUUCAGCGAGCUUUGACAUUUUUCAUUUUUCGUGAUUGGUAUUAUGAAUCAAUCGGCUGACUAUGUCUAAUUCCAACAACGAAUAUUCUCGUAAUAAGCCAACAAGAAUGGGGCGUCGGUCCGCUCUCGUUUACGAUCUGUUCCGUACCGAGCAGCCAGCCGAUGGCUUUUCCAAGAAGGAGAUACUGACGCACAUCAGCGACAAAUAUGACAUCGCGGUCGGCAAAACUCUCCGGAGAGACGUCGCCGUCGCUUUGCGCCGCGGUCUGGACUUCGGUAUACUCGCUAAGAAGAGAAACAAAUUCAGUUUAAAUCCUGACUUUCAUCAAACUACAAGCUCAAGAUCACGCCAGAAUAUGUCCUUUCGCAGUAUCGCCAGAAGCAAUGUAAGGACGGAGAAGAAGAGAAGCAAGAACAAGAAAAAGACAACCGACAGAUCGAAUGCAACUAAAGGACGACAACGGCAACGAAGACGAUCUACGAGUCGCAGUAGAGGUAGAGAUCGCAAACAAUCGAGCUCGGCACCACGACCUACAUUGCCCAGACCGCCUUCGUGGUCGCAGAAAAGGCGGCUCCUCAUCGAGGAGCCUAUACCGAAAGUUAAACAUACCUAAUUCAGAACACGAUCUUUCAUUUAUAAUUCUUAUUAAUUUAUUCAAUACCCGUUAAGAUAAAUACAAAUUCAGCAAUCGUAAAAUGGGAUACAAAACGAAGAUAUAAAAAAGAUAUAAUAUUGGUACGAUCGCAUUAAGUAUAUGGCUAUAUUAUUGUGUAACACAACUUUUUAUAUAUCAUUUUCAUUUUACUAAUUUUUUAUAACGUCAUGUAUUUGUGAGUAUAUAUUUAUUUUUAUUGUAAAUUAUUUUGCAAAAAGUAAUUUGUUUUGAUCAAUAAAUUUUUCUUCUGUUUA